AUGACUUCCAGCUACGGGCGCGUCCUGGAGAGGCAGCCGGCCGUCCUAGCCACGCGCCUGGAGAGUCCCAGCAACCUCGACAGCCUGCAGGCAAAGAAGAACUUCUCGGUCAGCCACCUGUUGGAUCUGGAGGAAGCCGGCGACUUGGUGGCGGCUCAGGCCGACGAGAGCGUCGGGGAGAGCGGCCGGAGUCUCCUGGAGUCGCCGGGGCUGACCAGCGGCAGUGACACUCAGCAGCAGGAUGGUGAUCAGCUGAAUUCUGAAGAGAAGAAGAAACGAAAGCAGAGGCGAAACAGGACCACCUUCAACAGCAGCCAGCUUCAGGCCCUGGAGAGAGUCUUUGAGCGGACACAUUACCCAGAUGCUUUUGUACGAGAAGACCUUGCACGCAGGGUCAACCUCACUGAGGCUCGGGUCCAGGUGUGGUUUCAGAACAGGCGGGCAAAGUUUCGCAGGAAUGAGCGAGCAAUGCUGGCCAACAAAAAUGCAUCCCUCCUUAAGUCUUACUCAGGUGAUGUAACUGCAGUGGAGCAACCAAUUGUACCUCGCCCAGCGCCAAGAGCCACUGACUAUCUCUCCUGGGGAACUGCCUCUCCUUACAGUACUGCCAUGGCUUCUUAUUCUGCUUCCUGUACCAAUGCCAACCCAGCUCAGGGCAUGAAUAUGGCUAACAGCAUUGCCAAUCUGAGACUGAAGGCAAAGGAAUAUAGUUUACAGAGGAACCAGGUGCCAACCGUAAAUUAGAGGGCAACAACCUGCAAGAACAGCCCAAAUCUAGAAAGAGGCAACUGUCCUUCUUUGCCAUUUGUUCAGACUUAGAAAGACCAUCAACCUGAGCUAAAGUUUUGCAUUGGAGAUAAAGCAGGAUCCAAGUGAAUGGAAAACAGUUUCCAACAUGAUGCUACAAAUACAAAUAAAAAUGCAAAUACAAAUAACCCCCACAAAUAUUGCAAAAGUGCCAAGAAAUCUCUUCUGGGAGCUUCUUUGGUGAAGGACACAAGGCUUGAAUUCAUCCUAGGAAUGACUGCAAAUCCAAAGAUCCUGCACUUGACUCUUCUGUGUCCCCCAUUGGACUUCUGGGUUUGCCCCUCAACUCUUUUAUUUGAAGUCUUCUAAAAUAAUCUGAAAUCUUAUGCCAAAGAUCCUCAUGGUCAUUGAUGCUCUGAUCCAUUCAAAGCACAAGGGAUCCCAACUGAUGUUGUGAACACCAGCAUAUGCCUGAUGCCUUAGCAUCUAAACUUUUAUGUCUAUUGGCUAGAAUCUCUCCUUCUGUUAGCUGUUUGAAGUCAAUUUUGAUUAUAGAUAAGUGUGUGUUACUGUUUAUUCUGCCACAACCUCUUUGAUAUUGUUAUGCUGGUUUCCAAAGAAUCUCUAAAUAUAAAAAUACAUUAUUUUGAACCAAUUUCUGCCAAUGUAGGAGUGUAUAAAUUUUCAAAUCACAUAGAACACUUCAUCCUGGUGAAAAUGUAUAAGAAUGUAUUUGAGAUAUUACUCUGUGGAAUUGAAAAGCUGGUACAAACUUACAAAUCUUGGAGAAACCCAAAGAGCAGAAUCCAGAUGUGCAGGUACUAUAAAUGAAAGUUAAUUUCCAAUGGAAAAAUCGGAGGCCUUAAUCUAAUACAGAAAUAGGCAUGCUUAAGCCUAUUGUAUUGGACUAAGUCUCCACUUACUUUGUUUGCUACUUGUUUUGUUUCAUGCCAUACUCAACAGUAUUGCCCGAAAUCAUUUGAUUUAUAUAUACUGUAUAUAU